UACACGCGCUUCUUGCAAAACUACCUCGAAGUGGGAACAAUAAUAACGACGAAUCGUCGUGUUUACCUUUAGGAAUUCCCGGAUGAGUCAGUCGCAUGAUCGGUGUUGACCACGUUCCGUUCGUUUCGAAUGUUUGGGUGACACGAAUUCUAAGAAUUUCUACGCGGGUGUUUCGACAGUAUCGGAGAUGGUUCAAAGUGAGUCGCGCGACGGGGUUGCGAAGUAUUAACACAGUGUGCGAAAACGAUCUGUGAUUCGCUCGAGUGAUUCUUGUGGUGGUCUCACGGAUAACACUUGUUGGAAGACGGUUAUUUGUAAGAGGAAACACUUAACAAAAGAAGAUUACGGGCGGCUCCGCGCGCGGACUUUGCGCCCUUACGUCCGUAAAUCAGCUACGAUCGAUAGAUCGCGAUACAUAUUGGAAUGUCCGUGAAAGAACGUCGAAUAUGCGACACACGGGUGCACGAUUAAUCGUCGCGGGUACGUGCAACGGUCGUGGUUCGCUAUCAAGAGGGUUUCAAUUAAAUCUCCCGCGGGGAAGGUCAAGUGCGCCGUGUGAGCGACAUUCAGUUUUCAGUUUUAAUUAAAACACCCUCACGGGAUUCGUAUUACCGCGCUUGUGUUCGAAAUUAAUUAGCCACGACACGGACAGUUACGGCGGCAAGUGAGCAAAUCAGUGACGAGAGGGAAGAUCGGUUGAUGUUGUUCGACGGAGGAAUUAGACGGAAGUGUCGUUCGGUGAUUCGAUAUAUCGAUCACGACGAAAUCGUUCGGCAUAGAAGAAAAUAGCGACGCUGCCGGUGUGUGACAUCGCGUGUGCGACAGCUUAAAGAGGAAGCUCGAUCAGAUUUUUGUUAAACGUUUACUCGCGAGUGACAAAUUGUGCCGUUGCGUGCGAAAGGGGAACGCCAGUUCCAGAGGGAGAUAGAGGCGAUAGGAAAAGUGGGAGAAAAAGUGAGCAGCUUAUCGGUCGUCGUAGCAUCCACGGCGAAGGGAUGAAAGCGGCGUAGCAACGGCAAUAGGUAGUUCCAACCCCUCAUAGAGGCACAUAUUAUGUGAGGUGAAAUCUCAACGAGGGAAACGAAGAUGUCCGCCGUCAGCGUGGCUGCAUGGCUGCUCAGCGCCGUUGCCUUCGCCGCAAUUAAUAACGAGGCGCAUUGCUACAGCAUGUUGCACGGUAGCAGCGGAAAGAAUGGCAACGCACAUCAGAACAGCCUGGACGACAGCAGUACACCAUCAGGUCCGUACUUCGAUUUGUCGAACUCGAAGAACGUGACCGCUCUUCUGGGCAAGACCACUUACUUAAACUGUCGCGUGAAGAACUUGGGCAACAGAACGAUGACGUUGCAGGUUUCCUGGAUGCGACACAGGGACGUCCAUCUGCUCACAAACGGUCAUUACACGUACACGAACGACCAACGAUUCAGGGCGAUUCACCACGCACACACGGACGAUUGGAUGCUUCAAAUCAAGUAUCCGCAGAUUCGUGACAGCGGUUUCUACGAGUGUCAGGUUUCCACGACGCCUCACAUGAGUCACAUCGUGCAUCUGAACGUGAUCGAACCAAAAACGGAGAUCCUGGGAGCACCGGAUCUGUACAUCAACCGAGGUAGCACGAUCAACCUAACGUGCGUCGUCCUGCAAAGUCCAGAGCCUCCAGCCUACAUAUUCUGGAACCACAACGACGCCAUAAUCAGCUACGACUCGUCCAGGGGAGGAGUAUCCGUGGUCACCGAGAAGGGUGACACCACCACCAGCUUCCUGUUGGUACAGGAAGCAAAACCGUCGGACUCUGGCCGAUAUACUUGUAAUCCAAGCAACUCUCAACCAAAAUCGAUCACCGUACACGUACUCAACGGAGAGUAUCCCGCGGCAAUGCAGCAUGGCGGCCAAGCCAAGCAACCGAGGCUCUACUCCCUUCUGCUCUGUUUGUGUCUGCUGCUGUACUAACCGUUCCCCAUUCUGGACCACUGUUCCUUUUCCCGGUCGUAAACGGUGAAACGAAGGACAUGCACCGUGACGAACACAGCGAUCGGGGACAAACGUCGAAGAAAGUACUCGCGUUCGUGCGACCGGAAAUCACGGGUGGUGUAGUGACGCGUUAUCGUUGUACCGUCGACGAUAGAAAACACGAAUCGACGACGAAACGUGAAAAAACCGAAUGCCUGGAAGCCUAACACCGUCAAGAGGGGGUGUAUCACGGAGGGUGCAGUUUCAGCGACGCAACAAAAUGACUGAUCGUAAUCGUUGCUGAACACGCGACGCGGAACUCGCGACGAGUUCGCGGAACGAUUAAGCUCCGUGCCUUGUCGGGGCGGAAAUUGAGAUGGCGGGAGGAACGGAACAAACCAUCGGGACAAAAGCGAGGAUCAGAAUACAAAGGAUCGUCUUUCCUCCGCAAUUAUUCAGCCACCCUGUCGGAACGUGUUACGAACGGAACAGGAAGACAAAUAGGGGUUGAAAGGGGUGCGAAAGAGUGAGAAAAGUGAAAUUUCGAUCGACGGUGUUUCCUUCGCUCGUAAUUCUGAUCGUAUCGCGUCGAUCCUAAACGUCGAUAAUCAUUCGUUAGAGACCAAUGCAACAUGGAAACGAGCGUUCGAUUAAUGCGCGAGUUUCCGCUUCGAAUACGCGACGCUCACUUCCGGAACUCUAAUCCUCGUUGUGUCAUCGACAAAGACGAACUCGUGAUAACAGAAUCUCCGACGAGAAUCGUGUGUAAGCGCAGACACUCUGACACUCCGUUAUGAGCACCUAAUUAUUAUAAAUAAUUUUUGGAUGUUUUUACUGUUUUAUGAUAUGAAGUUUAAGUUAUACUUCAGUCGUUAUCUAUUGACAAUGGUCUUAAUUUUAACAAUGCUUAAAAUGUAACUAUCUAUUCACUCCUACAUUUCAAAUUUUAA